UAAAUAAUUGUUAUGGUUGUGAAUAUAUCAAAGAAGGCUGGGAUGCACACAUUUUUCAAGUUUUAUCUUUUCCUAACAUUCAACCUGGCAUCACUGAAUGUGCCUCAGCGCGCGUAUUAUGCUGACUACAAAUCGAAACAUAUUCUGCUAGGAGCACAAUGGCCAAUGUGAGACCACUGCAAUGUUUGAAUCUAGAUACCAUUCAACAAAAGUAUUUCAUGAAGUUCUUUAGAACGCUACCAGAUAAACCAGCUACCACAAUUCGAUUCUUUGAUCGAUCCGACUACUACAGUUGUCACGGCCCCGAUGCUGAUUUUGUCGCAAAAUGUGUGUUCAAAUCGACGACCGUAGUCAAAAUAAUGGCUCCGGCAGGUUCGGACUUCGAAUUACCAUAUGUUGUCCUAAGCAAAUCCAAUUUUGAAAGCUUUGUGCGAGAUCUUCUGCUUGUACGCAAUUAUCGAGUGGAGAUCUACAUACUUAAAGGAUGCUCAACGAAAACGUCUAACGAAUGGGUGCUGGAGUUCAAAGGAUCGCCAGGAAAUCUAGCUCAAUUUGAAGAUAUACUGUAUGCCAACAAUGAUAUGGUUGCAGGUUCUGCAUUAAUUGCACUACAUGUAAAACAGCAAGCUAAGCAGAAAGUCAUUGGAAUAUCGUGUGUUGAUACGCACGAAAGACAAUUUCUGGUAUCCGAGAUCAUUGAUAACGAUUUUUACUCCGAACUGGAGGCGUUGAUUGUUAUUCUUAGUCCUAAAGAGUGUAUUCUGCCAACAGCCGACUCCCAGUACGAGCGCAUCAUAAACCUAUUGAAGCGAAAUAAUGUAGUGGUGACUACUAAAAAGAAACAAGACUUUUCUCUCGAGAAGAAUGAUGUUAUACAAGAUUUAAACAAAUUGCUUAGAUUUUCUAAAGGUCAGCAAGAAAGUGCCAAUACUAUACCAGAAACAUCGAAGACGAUUGCGCUUGCUGCACUAGGUGUAGCAAUACGUUACUUGGAUUUGGUAAACGAUUCAUCUAACCACGGUCAAUAUCAGAUGAAACUUCUAAAUCUAAAAAGGUUCGUUCAUUUGGAUGCCGCUGCGGUUACUGCUCUGAAUCUGUUCCCUAAGCCAGGUUUCAAUAUGAACUCACCUGCUUUUAGAUGGCACUGUUUGUUAGGUGUACUAGAUCGUUGUCGAACACCCCAGGGCCAUCGAUUGAUGGCUCAAUGGAUCAAGCAGCCAUUGCGGAAUUACGAAAUGAUCAAGGACCGUCAUGACAUUGUCGAGUGUUUGGUAGAUAAUGCUCAAACUCGCUCAGAGUUGCACGAUUUACACCUGAAGCGUCUUCCAGAUAUACUUCUAGUGAUUAGGAAAUUGCUUAGAAAGAAGGCCUCAUUGCAAGAUAUUUUCCGGCUGUAUCAGGUGGUAUUACGCGUUCCUAAAAUUUUUCAGCUACUUGAAAUGCUGGAGAAUACGGCAAUUAGAAGUGUUAUUUCUAAUCCGAUGAAAGAUGCGUUGGGAGAUCUAAAACUGUUUAAAGCGAUGGUUGAGCAAAUAUUAGAUCUAGAAGCUAUUGAACGUGGAGAGUAUUUGGUAACCCAUACGUUUAACAAUGAAUUGAAAGAACUCAAGAAACAGAUGGAUGAAAUCGUUGGAAAAAUGAAACGCUUGCUUUCGAAGAUAGCUGGCGAGCUUGGGUUGGAGGAAGGUAAUUCAAUCAAAUUGGAUUUUGUUGGUCAUAUCGGGUAUCAUUUUCGGAUUUCACUCAAAGAUGAAACACUUAUACGCAAAAAUUCAAAAUUCCAGAUACUAGAUGCAAUCAAAGGCGGUGUUAGAUUCUCGAAUGAGACGCUUACUGAUUAUAAUACCGAUUUCACUGCCACGAAGGAAUCAUAUCAAGAGCAACAAAAGUCGAUUGUAGAUGAAGUUGUACGGAUUGCCAUCGGCUAUGUUGAACCUUGGACAAUUUUGAAUAAUCAGAUUGCCCAACUUGAUUGUUUCUUGAGUUUUGCUGUUGCCGCUACAAGUGCACCAGAGCCAUAUAUACGACCAAGACUACAUCCAGAGGGAGAAGGUUUUAUGAAAUUGGUUCGACUGCGUCAUCCAUGUAUAGAACUACAAGAAGAUGUUAACUAUAUAGCAAAUGAUGCCGAUUUUCAAAAAGAUAAGACCAUGAUGUAUAUCAUAACCGGCCCAAAUAUGGGUGGUAAAAGCACUUUUAUUCGUUCCGUGGGAGUUGCCGUUUUAAUGGCUCAUGUAGGAGCUUUUGUACCGUGCGCUGAAGCCGAUAUAACGAUAGUAGACUCCAUUCUUGGUAGAAUUGGUGCAAAUGACAAUCUAAGUAAGGGUCUCAGUACAUUUAUGGUUGAAAUGGUAGAAACUGCAGGAGUUAUACGAACAGCAACAGAAAGAUCUUUGGUUAUCAUUGACGAACUCGGUCGUGGGACAUCAACAUACGAGGGAUGUGGCAUCGCGUGGUCUAUAGCGGAAUAUUUGGCGAAAGAAAAGAAAUGUUUUACACUGUUUGCAACUCAUUUUCAUGAAAUUACCGAAAUAGCCGAUACUAUCAAAUCUGUUUACAGCUGUCACAUGGAAGCCAUUGCUGAUAAGGAAAACUUUACCUUGUUGUAUCAAGUUCAACCGGGUGUAAUGCAGAAAAGCUUCGGCAUACAAGUUGCAAUACUGGCAAACUUCCCCAAAGAUGUAGUAGAGCUGGCACAAAAUUUGUAUGACGAAUGUGAAGACCAUUAUAACCGUUUACAAGCAAACAAUGAUAGGGAAGGGGUCAAAGUUUUCCUAGAUUCAAUCGAUAAAAUUUCAAAUGUAAAUCCAAACAGUGACGAAGCAGUUAAAAAAAUGCUGCAGGAUGUUCAUACUAAUGUUCGAAAUUGUAACAGCCCAUACUUCCGCAAUUUUUUCCCACACCUGUAUACCUGAGCGAAUUUGCUUUUGAUAAAAUACAUUUUUUAGAAUGUU